AUGAUCGGCUCAUCUCAGACUAAAGAAUCAUCUCAGACUAAAGAAUCUCUCAUUUCCAGGGUGGGUGGAGCUUUGCAUAAUGUGUCAGUGCAGAGAGCUGAAUCUACUGGACAGCAGCCUCCGUCCAGGUCUUGCCAUGAUUCUUAUAGAAAAAGACAUGCAGAUGAUCCCCCACAACGGGGUCACUGUGUGACAUCCGUUAGCAGUGGUAUGACUAUAUUGCCUAGAGAAGGAGACACCUCAGCUGCUGAUAGGGUUGAAGCAGCUCAGAUCUUUCUCCCUUCUCACCCAACAAUGGAGGAGUUGAAGAACAUUGUUGCUGCCACAAGAGGUGGAUUUGCAUUGACUGGAAGUGCUGCUGUUGGGCAGAUAGGACCAGCCAUUGGGCACAUGGAUAUUGGGGAGUGCGAGGACUCGUAUCUUUUUCGUGUAUCCCUUCCUGGGGUGAAAAGGGAUGAACGGGAAUUUAGCUGUGAAGUUGAAAACGAUGGGAAAGUAUUGAUAAGGGGUGUGACAACGACAGGGGAGAGAACUGUGUAUGCAGGCAACCAAGUGUUUGAAAUGCAAACACAGAACCUUUGUCCAUCAGGGCACUUCUCCAUUUCUUUUCAGCUGCCUGGUCCUGUUGAUCCUCAACAGUUCUCUGGUAAUUUUGGAAUUGAUGGGAUUCUUGAGGGAAUUGUGAUGAAGAGAGACAAACGACGAUGA